AUGGUUUUCCGCAUUAUUCGCUCACCUCGAAAAACCAUGCCGAAGUGGUACAUAGCGAGUAGCGAUGAAGAAGAAGGCUGGGUGACUUUCGAUGGUAAUCAAUAUGGGUUUUUCGACCAUGAAGCUUCAUUCGACGAAGCUGAAGAAAUUUGUGUUCACUACGGGGGCCAUUUGGUUUCCAUACACAGCCAGGCCGAAAACGACUUUGUACACUCUAUGACAUAUCCGCUGACUUCACACUCCUAUAAUGAGAUGGUUUGGCUUGGUGGGAGAAGAGCAUCACCGCCUUUCGACAAUCAGUGGACAUGGACCGAUGGCAGCCCAUUCGACUACACGAACUGGGAUGACGGAGAACCUGAUUACUACCAAGCAAUCGAGAAGUGUCUGCAGGAGUCAUGUAGGCUACCGAAGCGGAAAAGGACUAGGAUGGCGAUCUGCACUUAUAACGUACGUACGCUUGCAUCGGAAGCGGCCAUCGAAGAUCUGAUGAUGCAAGCCAAGAAGAUCAAAUAA